AUGGUGGCGGAGCGCGCCCGCAAAGCGGCAGCCUCUGGCAGCCGCGGCCCUGGGGAGCUGGGCGCUUCGGGGCCCGGGACAGUGGCGCUGGCUGAGCAGUGCGCUAGGCUGCCGAGCCCCGGGUGCUGCGGACUGCUGGCUCUGGCGCUGUGCUCGCUGGCGCUCAGCCUGCUCGCCCACUUUCGGACCGCGGAGCUGCAGGCCCGGGUGCUGCGCUUGGAAGCGGAGCGCGGGGAGCAGCAGAUGGAGAAAGCUAUUUUGGGACGAGUCAACCAACUGCUGGACGAGAAAUGGAAGUUCUACUCGCGCAGGCGCCGGGAGGCCCCGAAGAUGUCUCCAGGAUGUAACUGCCCACCAGGACCUCCUGGUCCCACUGGAAGACCCGGACUCCCAGGGGACAAGGGUGCCAUCGGGAUGCCUGGACGCGUGGGUAUCAAAGGUCAACCAGGCGAGAAGGGUGCCCCUGGAGAUGCGGGGAUGUCCAUCAUCGGGCCUCGAGGCCCCCCUGGCCAGCCUGGUACCCGAGGCUUCCCUGGAUUCCCGGGUCCCAUUGGUCUCGACGGCAGGCCGGGCCACCCCGGACCUAAAGGGGAGACGGGCCUGGUGGGUCCUCGAGGACAACCGGGACCUCAGGGGCAAAAGGGAGAAAAGGGUCAGUGUGGAGAGUACCCACACCGGCUGUUGCCUCUCCUCAAUUCAGUGCGGCUGGCUCCACCCCCAGUCAUUAAAAGGCGGACCUUUCAGGGGGAACAAAGCCAAGCUGGCAUCCAAGGCCCUCCAGGGCCACCGGGCCCCCCGGGACCAAGUGGCCCUCUGGGACACCCAGGACUGCCAGGGCCUAUAGGACCACCUGGUUUACCCGGGCCUCCUGGACCAAAGGGAGACCCAGGGAUCCAGGGCUAUCAUGGCCGUAAGGGAGAGCGGGGCAUGCCAGGAAUGCCAGGCAAGCACGGAGCCAAGGGGGUUCCUGGGAUUGCUGUGGCUGGGAUGAAGGGUGAGCCAGGGACACCAGGAGCCAAGGGUGAGAAGGGUGUAGCAGGCUCCCCUGGCCUCCUGGGGCAGAAGGGAGAAAAAGGUGAUGCUGGCAAUGCCAUUGGAGGAGGCAGGGGGGAGCCUGGCCCCCCAGGGCUCCCUGGACCCCCUGGGCCAAAGGGAGAAGCUGGUGUUGAUGGCCAGGCUGGGCCCCCCGGACAGCAAGGAGACAAGGGGCAGCCAGGAGCAGCUGGCGAACAGGGACCCGCUGGCCCCAAGGGUUCCAAGGGUGAACCGGGCAAGGGAGAGAUGGUGGAUUAUAACGGCAGCAUCAACGAGGCGCUUCAGGAGAUCAGGACGCUGGCCUUGAUGGGGCCUCCUGGCCUUCCUGGACAAACAGGCCCACCUGGACCUCCAGGGACUCCAGGCCAAAGGGGGGAAAUUGGACUGCCAGGUCCUCCAGGACACGAUGGGGACAAGGGGCCUCGAGGAAAACCAGGAGAUAUGGGGCCCGCUGGUCCUCAAGGACCCCCAGGAAAGGAUGGGCCUCCGGGAAUGAAGGGAGAAGUCGGACCCCCAGGAAGUCCAGGGGAAAAAGGGGAGACAGGACAAGCAGGCCCCCAGGGUCUAGACGGCCCAACUGGGGAGAAAGGAGAACCAGGUGACGAAGGGAGGCCUGGAGCGACAGGAUUGCCUGGGCCCAUCGGGCUCCCGGGAUUCACAGGAGAGAAAGGAGAAGCUGGGGAGAAAGGUGACCCGGGAGCAGAGGUUCCUGGGCCGCCAGGGCCAGAGGGUCCUCCAGGACCUCCGGGCCUCCAAGGUGUUCCUGGACCAAAGGGAGAAGCAGGCCUAGAGGGCAGUAAAGGAGAGAAGGGCUCCCAGGGAGAAAAAGGAGACCGGGGGCCUCUGGGGUUGCCUGGUACUCCAGGACCAAUUGGGGUUCCAGGCCCAGCCGGACCAAAGGGCGAAAGGGGCAGCAAAGGGGACCCAGGGAUGACGGGACCAACGGGAGCAGCUGGGCUGCCUGGUUUACACGGACCACCCGGGGACAAAGGAAACCGGGGGGAGAGGGGGAAGAAGGGCUCUAGAGGGCCUAAAGGGGACAAGGGGGACCAAGGAGCACCUGGACUAGACGCCCCCUGCCCGCUGGGAGAAGAUGGCUUACCAGUCCAGGGCUGCUGGAACAAGUGACGCCUCUAACCUGGGACUGGCCUGUGUGUGUUUGUAUAUAGGAUAUUUAUUUUUAUACAGUUUUCACCUUUUGAAAAUACCCGAACUAUGAUGCAUCUUACAGAUCAUUAAAAGAGAAAGAAGAAAAGCCUGCAGAUUUUGUACAGGAAAUAACCCCUUUCCCUUUUUGUUUACAAGACCUUUUUUUUUUUUUUUUUUUUGUAUAAAUCUGUUUCUAAUACACUUUCUGUCUGUGCGUCUGCUCCUAAUGUUGCAUGAUAUUUGUGCAAACUUACUAAAUAUCACAGCUUAAUAAAUUAUUGUGUUCCAGUGCCAAAGGGGGCCCGGCCCACCAGCACAGAGGUGCUGUGAACUUACCUGUGAAUUCACAAAAAAAAAAAAAAAAAAAAAAA